CCCCAUCCAAGCCGCAUACAUCCCCACUCACAUCGAACUCUCCAUCAGUUUCUCUCCUACCGUCUCCUACCCAUUACUGUAGCCAACCUUUAAUUAGCAUUUCCGUAUCACUGUCAAAAUACAAAUAAAAAUGUCCACGCCUGACGCACUCCAGGGUCUUAAAGACAGCUCAUCAAUCGACGCUGUGAUCGAGGAGUACCAAUCCUCUGGAAUCCCGGAUAGACAAUCCAACAGAUGGUUCUCCUAUCUUUCCUCGCUCUAUCUGAUCCUGUUGUCACUCCCCUUGAUGGUCGUCCCAAGGUUCCUCGUCAUGCUUCUCGGGCCUUGGUUGGUCAAUAAGGACGACUCUUCGGUUGAUACUGGGAUCAUCGGGGCUUAUCGACCCUUGAACGAAUUGGAAACUUAUCUUGCCCGACUAGUCGGACUGAGUUUCUUGACCUUAGCUUCGCUCAUCGUCCUCCAAACCGGAGCGAUCCCGGUCUCCUCGUCGAUGGCCCAAGGGACAGAUGCGGCAUCCAGCGCCGCCCCUUAUCGCCAACCAACGAUCUUCUUUUCGACGUUAUUCUUCUCACUCUUCGGCCUGUCCUCCUGGAAUAUCGGCUUGAAAGUCGUCGGUGCUCCUGGCCUUGCACUCGGCGCGGGCGGCCUUUGGAUCUUACUGUUUGCUGGUGAUCCACUGGCUCACGGGAAGAAAAGCCAUGCGAUCUUUGGGGACUCUAAAUCAUCCUAAUUGAACAUCAAAUGUACAUGUACUUAUGAUAUAUUUUUUAUGCUCUGUAGAAGCAAAUUAGGCACUCUGCCUGAAGAAAUCUCCACAUCAGUGCUCUGUAUUUAUCAAAUU